CUGUGGGCCGCGUCCAGCUUCAAUCCCAAGAAAGCUCCUGGAAACGACGGUCUCACAGCUGAUAUCUGCGCGGCUGCCAUAAAACUGAACCCGACACUGUUCUUGGCAGUGGCUAACAAAUGUCUGGAACUCGCACAUUUCCCCGGCAAAUGGAAGGAGGCGGCAGUAGUGGUGCUACGAAAACCGGGCAAAGAGGACUACACGCACCCUAAAUCUUACAGGCCGAUUGGGCUUUUGCCUGUAUUAGGGAAGAUAUUCGAAAAGAUGACCAUUCGACGAAUCAAGUGGCACAUCGUACCAAAAAUCAGCAAAAACCAAUACGGCUUCAUGCCGCAGCGAAGCACAGAGGACUCCCUCUAUGAAAUGAUGCAGCAUAUAAAAGCUAAAAUCAAAAGUAAAAAAUUGGUUUUACUUGUAUCACUUGACAUAGAGGGAGCCUUUGACAACGCUUGGUGGCCAGCUGUACGAUGUGCACUUGCAAAGACCGGAUGCCCGAUAAACUUGAGGCGGCUGAUUGACAGCUAUCUUAAGGAUAGGUCAGUCUGCGUCAAGUAUUCUGGGGCAGAAUGGGUCAAGAAGACCUCAAAAGGGUGCGUGCAGGGCUCAAUAGGUGGUCCAAUUUUUUGGAACCUAUUACUAGAUCCACUACUGCAAGAGUUGAACGAUAAAGGGGAACAUUGUCAGGCCUUCGCAGAUGAUGUGGUCCUGAUCUUCUCGGGAGAUAAAGCACUGGACGUGCAGGAACGGGCCAAUGCGGCCCUCGCACAUGUUCGGAGGUGGGGAGUCAAAAACAAGCUUAAAUUUGCUCCGCAGAAAACAAAAGCCAUGAUCAUCACCAAUAAGAUCAAAUAUGACUCACCACUUCUGAAGAUGGGCGGGGAAAGCAUAGGCCUGUCUAAAGAAAUAAAAAUACUCGGCCUCACAGUUGACGAUGGGCUGACCUUCAACGCGCAUGUCAAAAAUGUGUGUUGUAAGGUACAAAACCUGUAUCGUCAGCUGUGUAGGGCCGCAAAGAUUCAUUGGGGCUUGAAUUCCGAGAUUGUCAGGACCAUAUACAUAGCGGUAAUAGAGCCUAUUAUUUUGUAUGCGGCAAGCGCAUGGGUACCAGCAUCGAACAAGUUAAUGACUAAAAAACAGCUUGAUAUAGUGCAACGUGGGUUCGUACAAAAAAUAGUCAAAGCGUAUAAAACCGUUUCCCUACACUCGGCUCUGCUACUGGCCGGGCUGCUUCCUUUGGACUUGAGGGUCCGGGAAGCAGCCUCGCUUUAUGAGAUUCGUCUGAGCUCGCUUGACGAAUGGAACCAAAGAUACAAGGAAGGUGAAACAGCCUCCAAUACUAAAAUAUUUUUUCCCGACGCCAUAGAGGCCUACCAUAUAAUAAGAAAACUGGACAUAGAUCCUGAAAUUGUGCAAGUGAUAACAGGACAUGGCGGGUUCUCUGAAUAUUUAUACCGAUUUAAGUGUAAGGAGAGCCCGGCAUGCGCCUGUGAUCCAGAGAGAGAGGAGACGAUUAUGCAUCUUUUAACCGAAUGCCCUAUUUAUAGUAGGCAAAGAAUUGACUUGGAAUUAGAGAUAGGAAUUAAAAUAAGCAAAGAUAAUGUACAUAAAAUAAUUAGUAAUAAACAUGUUAGUAAUAAGUUUCUAAAAUAUUGUAAGAAUAUAGCACAUAAGGUGAAAAAUAAGAAUAAAUCGUAG